CUGUGCUUUGACUUCCGCUAAUUUCUGAUCUUUUCGCUAAUAAUAAUCAUCACUUCAUUGUUGUUAUUAAAUUCUGUGAUUUUGUGAUUUGUUAUUAGAUUUUGUGAAUUCUUUCAUCUAUUCCAUUUUCCGCUUUCUGUUUUUCCCUUUUUUAACUAACAAUGGAUGCAGGAUCCUUGAGUUCUUCUACCACAAAGACACAGUCUCUGAGUUCUAACACAACAACCAUGAAAACACAUUGUCGCUCCCCUCUCCGGGAGCAGUUUAUUCAGAGAAAGAAUUCCAAAGAAAAUUUGGACAGGUUCAUUCCGAAUCGAUCGGCCAUGGAUUUCGAUUAUGCUCACUACAUGUUAACAGAGGGGGCAAAAGGUAAGGAAAAUCCAGUUGUAAGUUCCCCCUCUAGAGACGCCUACAGGAAGCAGCUUGCAGAAUCCUUGAACAUGAACCGGACCCGAAUUCUCGCUUUCAAGAACAAGCCACCUGCACCAGUUGACUUGAUUCCUCAUGAGAGUUGCUCUACUCUUCACCAAGAUAAACCGGCAAAGACCCGAAGAUACAUUCCACAGACUUCAGAGAGGACAUUGGAUGCUCCGGAUCUUGUGGAUGAUUACUACCUCAAUUUGCUGGAUUGGGGAAGCGCCAAUGUUCUUGCAAUAGCACUUGGAACCACAGUGUACUUGUGGGAUGCAACAAACGGUUCUACUUCAGAGCUUGUUACAGUUGAUGAUGAAAAUGGACCUAUCACAUCUGUUAGCUGGGCACCGGAUGGACGACACAUCGCAGUUGGCUUGAACAACUCUGAAGUACAGCUAUGGGAUUCGGCUUCAAAUAAGCAGUUGAGGACUCUGAGAGGUGGACAUAGGCAGAGAGUUGGAUCAUUGGCAUGGAACAAUCACAUACUCACAACUGGAGGAAUGGAUGGAAGAAUCAUCAACAAUGAUGUUAGGGUCAGAUCACACAUUGUUGAAACCUACAGAGGGCAUGAGCAAGAGGUUUGUGGGUUAAAAUGGUCAGCUUCAGGUCAACAAUUAGCAAGUGGAGGCAAUGAUAAUCUACUUUACAUAUGGGACAGAGCCAUGGCAUCUUCGAAUUCGGCGACACAGUGGGUUCACCGGCUCAACGAUCACACAUCGGCGGUUAAAGCCCUUGCUUGGUGCCCUUUCCAAGGGAACUUGCUAGCUUCUGGUGGAGGCAGUGGUGACAGAAGCAUUAAGUUUUGGAAUACACACACUGGUGCAUGCUUGAACUCAGUUGACACUGGGUCUCAGGUAUGCUCCCUUUUGUGGAGCAAGAAUGAGAGGGAGUUACUAAGUGGUCAUGGUUUUUCACAGAAUCAGCUAACACUUUGGAAGUACCCUUCAAUGGCAAAGAUGGCAGAGCUGACUGGACAUACAUCAAGAGUUCUGUUCAUGGCUCAGAGCCCUGAUGGUUGCACAGUUGCAUCAGCAGCAGCCGAUGAGACAUUGAGAUUUUGGAAUGUAUUUGGAGCUCCAGAAGUCACAAAACCUGCACCUAAAACCAGACCUGAGCCAUUUUCCAAUGUGACUCGCAUUCGAUGAGCAACUUGGAUUAUAUAUACAUCCAUGUAUACAUACAUACAAUGUAUGUAAAUUUGUAAUUUGUAACAUAUUGUAUUUCAGUGGCAGUGAAAUAAAAACGCAACUUUAUGCCCGUGGAUGUAGUCACGCACACUAGUGACGAACCACGUAUAUCGCCUUUCUUGUCCAUUUUCUUUUUU